GAGAGGGGCGCCGGAAAACAGCUGCCGGUCAGAUCCGAAAAGGGAGACGGGGGAGCCGGGGAGCGACGACACCCGGUCCCAGGUUGCUAGUGGCUGGCUUUGUGGCUUGAGCCUUCUGGGAAUGCAAGCAACCUGAUGCACGUGACCCAACCGCGUCGUUUUACAGAACCUGCUGACAUGGCCGAUCAUGGGGCUGAUGAGCCGUCCUCCGGGACAGGGAGUCCGGACGGGGAAGGUCGGGUCUCUGCAGACAGAUCGUUGCUCCAUCAGAGGCUGGCCGUCAGGGAGCUCAUCGACACAGAGGUCUCCUACUUGCGCAUGCUCCAGCUCUGUGCCUCGGACAUCAGGAGCCGCCUGCAGCAGCUGCCGCAGGGAGAUCUGGAUGUCCUGUUCUCAAACAUCGAUGAUGUCAUCAAGGUGAACAGCAGAUUUCUUCAUGAUCUGCAGGAGACAGCCUCCAGGGAAGAGGAACAGGUGCAGCUAAUUGGUAACAUAUUCCUGGAAUUCCAAGAGGAAUUGGAGCAAGUCUACAAGGUCUACUGUGCCAGCUACGACCAGGCCUUGCUGCUGGUGGACGCUUACCGGAAGGAGCCAGAGCUGCAGCGGGAGAUCCAGGGCAUCGUUGAGGCAGUGGUGCCGCAAGCUGGAUCCUCAGGCCUCAGUUUCUUACUGGUAAUCCCUCUGCAAAGGAUUACCAAGUACCCAUUGCUGCUGCAGAAAAUCCUGGAGAACACACUCCCUGAUGCCAGUGCCUACCCUGUCCUUCAGAGGGCUACCUCUGCCCUCCAGGACGUGAACACCAACAUCAAUGAAUAUAAGAGACGCAAAGAAGUGGCCUCCAAGUACACCAAGGUGGAGCAGCUGACCCUGCGGGAGCGGCUGGCCCGCAUCAACACGCACAGCCUCUCCAAGAAGACCACCCGGCUGAGCCAGCUGCUGAAGCAGGAGGCGGGGCUCGUGCCCAGGACGGAAGACAAGGAAUUUGAUGAUUUAGAAGAGAGGUUCCACUGGGUGUCGCUGUGCGUAAACGAGAUGAAGAACAACGUGGCUGCUUACCUGGCUAAUCUGGAGGCUUUCCUCCGCUUCCGGCUACAGGAGUACGAUCUGGACAUCUGUGGGGGACCUGUGGUGCAGUACUGCCACCUGGUGAGAGACCUCCAGCUCCAGGCCUUCCCGGAGUUUAAGCAGCGGCUGGAAGGCCUGGUGUGGCAGCCACUGUGCAGCCUGGCCAAAGCCCUGGCUGGCCCUCAGAACCUGAUCAAGAAGCGUCUGGACAAACUACUGGACUUUGAGCGGGUGGAAGAGAAGCUGUUGGAGGUGGGCAGCGUGUCCUAUGAGGAGGAGGCGGCCCGGCACACGUACCAGGCGCUCAACUCCCUGCUGGUGACCGAGCUCCCCCAGUUUAACCAGCUGGCCGUGCAGUGGCUGGGCCAGAUCCUGUGCACAUUCGUGGCCCUCCAGAGGGACCUUGCACAGCAAGUGCUGCAGAGGGCAGAGGGUACCUUGGCUCAGCUGCCCCACCACCACAUCCCUGAGCCGGCCUUCAGGAAGCUGGUGGAGGAUGCACUAGGACAGAGCAGUCACCAGCUUCACUCCUUUCAAAAGAACUUCGAGAAAGUGCAGCCACCCCCCACCAUGCAACCGCUCCUUCCAGGGGCUGAACGCCAGGUGCAGGCUCUCCUGAGCAGGUAUGGCCCGGGAAAGCUGUACCAGGUGACAAGCAACAUCAGCGGGGCUGGGACUCUGGACCUGACACUGCCACGGGGCCAAAUUGUGGCCCUCCUUCAAAACAAGGACACCAAAGGCAAAAGCGGCCGCUGGCUGGUGGACACUGGGGGACACCGAGGGUACGUGCCAGCUGGGAAACUGGAGCUGUACCGUGUCGUCCCCAGGGAGGAGGAGCUCACAGGGCAGGUGGGGCCUCACCAGGACUCCCGUCAUCUAACACAAGAGCCCACCCCAGCCCCGGUCCCCUCGGUCCCCACCGUGACCCAGGAACCACCACCCUGUGAGGCCAGAGCCUUGAUCAGUGGCCACACCAGUGCCCUGGCCAGGGGCGGGACCAGAGAAAGGAGCCUUCCAUCCCUGCCACAUCAACAACAGAGAGCUAACCCCUCGCUCUCCAACAGCAUGGUGGUGGCAGUGUACCCCUUUGUGGCCAGAAGCAGCCAUGAAGUGAGUCUGCAGGCAGGCCAGCCGGUGACUGUCCUGGAGGCCCAGGACAAGAAGGGGAACCCGGAGUGGAGCCUUGUGGAAGUGAACGGACAGCGGGGAUAUGUGCCCUCCAGCUUCCUGGCCAGGGCACCAGGCCCGGCUCCGUGGGGCUGGAGUCUGCCCUCUUAGGGUGCCCUCUUUGGAGUCCAUGUUGCCAAGGGAUGGAGGAGGCUUAGAGAUUGUGACCCCAGGUGGGAAGAGAAGCAAAGAGAAGGCAGGGGUGGAAGGGGAGAUCAGGCGAGGGUGGGGUGAAGGGCAGCCAGAAGGCAGCCAGAAGAGGAGGGGGGCCUUGCAGACUGCCUGGCGUGGGUGGGCAUGAAAGGCUUCAGCCAGGACCCCUCAUUAUGUCUGCUUAAGAAGUCGUUCCAACCUGGAGUCAUACACCCUGGAUGGCAGGUCAAGUUGAUAAAGACUUGUCAUAGCUAAUGGCCAACUACUUGUGCCCCCAUCUGGGCCCACCCAUAGGAUGAAUGCUGGAUGAAUGAUACCUGUGUGCUGUGUGGUUGCAGGGAGGGGCACAGGAGAAGUCCAGAAAUGCCUGGCCGACGGUUCCCUUCCCACAUGUGUAUCAGGAGAUACAUAGCUGACCUGGCACCUUUUAUUUCUCCGUGCUGGCAGCUGAGUUAUCUUGGGUAGUGAACCACUGGGAGCCCUCUCUGGCGGGGGAGUGAGGGCUUGUCGGGGCAGUGGAGAGGUUCCCAGAGACUCUUGGCUGUGCCUGGGAGUGGGUGUGACCAAGUCACGGUUCUGGAAUGUGUGUAGGCAAAUUCAGAGGCUGUUCCAGGGAAGAAGGGACUUUGGAGGUGUGUUAGGUGGGGUGUGUGAGGCUGCUGGCGGCAUUUGUGCACUGCUGCUGUGUUCUCUGGACUAGGGGACAGAGGGGCGUGCAAAUCACAGAGGAAACUGUGAAGCAGAUGGCUUUAAAGGCGUGGUGGGUGGGGGAGGUUAGGUAGUGGCUUGAUUUCCUGUUUCUGGAAGCAGGGGAACCUCCGGUGGUUUUAGGAGGCUGCUGAGUCCUAGAGGCAACAGUGGACAUGAUGUCAGUUUGCUGUGGGACCUUAGACAUGGGACACAACCUCAGUUUCCCAUCCAUAAAGCCCUAACUCGCAGGGUUGUGGUGAGAAUGACAUGAGGCUAAGGAUGUGGAAGCUCCUUGCGAAUCAUGAAGUGUGAUAUAAAGGUAAAUUGCCAUUGGUAGCAGGAUGUGCCAGAAGUGGUCUCAGGAUGGCCCCAGCAUCCACCGGCCCAGGCUGCACGGGAAGCAUUCCUGCUGCCAUGCCCCAUGCCCAGGCCCCCGGCCGACAUUGUUAAUCAACAUGGCAUCCUUCUCAAUACCGCAUUCUAGGUGGCCAAUCUCUUGAACUUGGUGAGAUCAAACCUAUGGUCAUCUCUUUCUGGAACCUGGAAAUUGAAAAGCAGUUCCUGUUCAAGGAAGACUGACCCUUUGGGGCAGUUUUGGGAGCAGCUUCUGUUGGAUCAUCACCUCUAGGUUGUCACUUUGGGGUACGAUAAGUUGCAAGAUUCAUAGAAGAGGGAAAAGGUGAUCCAGCCUGAUCUUUAAUAUGAAUUACAAAUUUUGGAACCAGCCCAAGUUAGAGUGUGUGUAAAAGCAGGUGGCAGUUUAGACUUUUUUCUAAGAACAUCUCUGUGUUAUAACUGUAGUGCUAAAGCUGUGAGCUCUGGUUUUUGGAGAGCUUUUAAGAAAUAUAUACAUGUCUGUGUCAGACAGUCCGUAACUUACCUCCUCUGGGCUUGUGAAACCGUGAAGACCACGUAAUGCAAGAGAAACUCAGUCCCCACCAUCCCUUCCCAGCACCAGAUUCACUGUACAAGAUCCUCUUGACUCAUUUUCCUUCCUCUUUCCUGCUCCGAUUUCUGAUACGAAUAGGAAGCACUGGGGAGCAGAUGAUAAAACAGGGAACCCAUUGGUGGGUUCCACAAUGCUCAUGAGAGCUUCUGUGUGCAGGAACUCGAGCUCAGGGCUUCUCAACGUGGCCUCUCCCUGCAGUCACCUGGGCAGCUUUCAGCUAUGAGUGAUGCCAGCAUCCCACCCAGAGAUUCUGAUGUAAUUGGUCUGGGGUGUGGCCUGGGCCUCAGGAGUUCAGAAAGGUCCCCAGGUGCUUCUAGUGUGUGGCCAGGGUUGGGGACCUCUGCCCUACCCACACAAUGGUGGACGAGAUAGACCUGGGGUUAGAAGUGGCCACAAGCUGUGAGCGAAGAUGUGCCCGUCUGAGCUUUGUACGAGCUCCGAUGUUUUAAACAGGCAGCUUUAGAGGUGGUUUGGAAGAGGACAGCCUGUUCUGUCAGGUCCCAGAAUGUAUAUUUAUUAAGUGCCAUUAAAAGGGACGUGAACAAAAUUGGAUGUUUUUGUAGGCAUAAGGGAGAAAACCGAAAUACACUUGGAACCAAAUCUGUCUCAUGAAGGGAAAAUAAAAAUGGAUUCAGUAGCACAUGGGUUAUGGUUUCUCGUAGACCAAGGGAUGAGAUUAAAAGUCACUGAAGGGUGAGGAAAUGCAUAUUGAGAAGAUGGAGAAUGGCCUGAAUUUUCUCCAGGGUACUCUGUGUAAUGUGCCUUUUUUCCCCUCAAAUGCCUAGAACCAUUGCACUAUGUCUUAUUUAUUUUGCUGUUGAGCUGUCAUGUAUUAAACUUGCUAAGAUAUUUACCUUUGAACCAAAUGGGACUUCCAGGAGAUGAAGACUGAUUCACAAGUGCGCCCCUUGCUUCCUGCAAUGGAGUGAGAGCUCUUUAACCCUUUUGGGCCCCAACCCAGUAUUGGACGUGAGGCCGAGAUCACACUCUCAAAGGAAAGAAGGCGAAUUCCUGGUUAAUAUAACAAGCUCUAGCUUGGUGAAUGACUGAUGUGAACUACUGGGAAUAAAGGACUUCA